AUGUCAAUUAUCCGACAAAUGUUUGCAAAGGACAUUCCGACUUGGAUACACGGACACCCAAGAGUGGAGGACACAUGGGGCCCAGAAUUACGGACACUGGAGGGCCAUUCUGAUUCGGUCUCGUCGGUAGCCUUCUCUCGCGACGGUCAAAUACUGGCCUCAGGCUCCGAUGACAACACCAUCAAAAUCUGGGAUCCCACCACAGGCCAUCUCAAGCAUACUCUGGAGGGGCAUUCUGAUUCGGUCUGGUCGGUGGCCUUCUCGCGCGACGGUCAGCUACUGGCCUCGGGCUCCGAUGACAACACCAUCAAGAUCUGGGAUCCCGCCACGGGCCAUCUCAAGCACACUAUAAAAGGCCAUUCCAGUGCGGUCUGGUCGGUGGCCUUCUCGCGCGACGGUCAGCAGCUAGCCUCUGGCUCCCAUGACAAGACCAUCAAGAUCUGGGAUCCUGAUACAGGCUUUCUAAAGCAUACACUGGAAGGCCAUUCUGGUUCGGUCCAGUCGGUGGGCUUCUCGUGCGACGGUCAGCUACUGGCCUCGGGCUCCGAUGACAAGACCAUCAGGAUCUGGGAUAUCGCUACGGGCCAUCUUAAGCAUACGCUGCAAGGCCAUUCUGAUUGGGUCCAGUCGGUGGCCUUUUCGCGUGACGGUCAGCAACUGGCCUCGGGCUCCGAUGACAAGACCAUUAAGAUCUGGGAUCCCGCUAUAGGCCAUCUCAAGCAUACACUGGAAACAAUGGGCGUAAUUACCAGUAUUCGCUUCUCUGAGGAUGCUGCAUCCCUCGUUACCAAUUUAGGCAAGUUUCAUAAUCAAGCCAGGUUGCAGCGAUUACCCUUCAGUUCGUCUACCUCCCACGGUCAGGUGUCCAUACAAUCAGGCCAGUGGGUGACAAUUGAUGCCAGAAAGGAAGUAUGGCUUCCUCCAGAAUAUCGGCCUAGAGAUUCAGCAGUUUUCAAAAACGUUUUGGCACUUGGGUGUAGGAGUGGCAAAGUUUGCUUUAUACAUUUUUGUAUGUAG